UUUUCCCGCUGGAGCCUCGUGUUUCUCCACGGUUUAUUUGUUGUCCUAGGACCGUGAGUCAGCUGAUGGCGCUCGGUUUUCCCUUCGGCUGCCGAUUUGUUGUGACACUUCAUCUGACAGCUGCAGUUGCAUUUUCCUCGCUUUCCCUGCAUUUUGCAAUUAAAUAGUGAAUAUACUGGUAUAAUGAGCCAGAGAAAAGCCACAAAUUCGAGGCGGAAACGGAUAUUGUCGGAUCCCGAGACCAAACAGUGGAAAUCCAAGUGAAACCGAAGUGCGGAAAUAGAAAACCUCACGAAACUGACGCAUUAGCACACAAAAAAAAAAAAACAUCCCCGCAACACAAUCAAAAUAAAAAUAUAAGAAAAAGCGAGUGAAAGAGAAAAAUUUAAGUUUGCCGCGCCCGUGAGGAAAAACACAAAAAAAGAAAGCAGAUUUGUCCAGCAAAUUGCUCCGGAAACAAGAGAGCACGACCACAACAACAUGGGGAAUUCGCAAAAUCGCUCGGCGAACACCGAUGAAAAGUCACCGCCAGGUGGCGCCAGUCUUCUGCGGGUGGGAGUCGCGGGCGGAGUGGGCGGGGCCCUUGUCGAAAGGCGGAACAGCCGAGUUCGCGUCCUCAGCCGUUUGAUGGGCCAGAAACGCAUUCGCGAGGCAUUCCUACACUCGCCGAAAACGGGCUCGAGUCUAGAGGUCAAUUUGGCGGGCGGCGGCGACGGAAGUUGCGAUUGGACCGCAGCGGAAACGGAAGUGGAGCAUAGACAAUUGAAUGCCAGUGCCGAACAAAUCGAUUUUCCGCCUGCGAAACCGCCGAGACUAAAAAAGCAACUGCAAAUACAAGCCGAAAAUGAGGAUCGCUGCCAUUUGAGCCAGCUCUGUCAGUUCUCGAUUCAACACAAAAGUAUCCAAAACGAAGAGGAAUAUUUGGGAAUUCUAUCGAGGGAGGAGCUGCAGAUUCAAGAGAAAAACUCCCCGAUGACCAAGCAGCCUCGAAAAAGACGCGUAGCACCGCAACCUCCGCCGAAACCCCCACCAAAACCCAGAAAAAACCAGGGGGAAAAUGCCCCUGGCGAUGACCACUGUGCGUUCAUUGAACAGCUUUUUGCAGAAACCACUGAAGCAACGCGAAAAACUACAGUGGUUGCGGACGACGUGGUCAGUUUGGACUACACCGAUUCGCUAGAGUACCACAAUUGCAGCAGCGACGAUUGUUGCUAUGCCUCCAAUGAUACCCUCACUCAGCAUCGAAACCAGGAGCUGCAGCAGCGACAGAGGCAACUUCACCAGCAUAAUCAUCGAACCCAUCAAAUCAACCGCCAUUAUCCCUACGAUCGGAGAUCGUUGUGCACCAGUUGUUCAAGCAAUGAUUCCCUAUUCACAGAUCCCGUCGACGAACUGAUCGUAAGCAAGCACUACCUAAAUGCAGCUAAACCGGACGUAAAUCAAAAAUCGAAGCGCGAUCGUCCACUGAGCGAAAUCAGUGUGACUUCGGUGGACACACUAUCGCCGAACACCGCGAAGGCAGUCCUCGAGCUGCAAAAACGCUGUCGAGCUGACAAAUUGGCCUGCCUGAGCCUAACCCGCGUCACCUACCUCAGCAUAGCCAAUGACCCCCAGGAGGUCGAGGAUCGGGCGGAUCAGGCAACCAUAUUGCUUAAUACCGAUCUUUUGGUAGCACCCAAUAGCCCGGCCGAAAGUUCGCCGGACGAGGAACUCAUGGCCCUGCAGUUGGGCAAGAAGUUGGCCCAAGUCCUGGGCAGUGGAUCGGGAACCCCCUUGACCCCGGGGAACAUGGAGGGAUCGGGACCCCGCGUGGACUCGCCCCUGGGAAACGGGGAGCUCUUCAACGUUUCCAAGGCCAAAAAGGUCGAGCUACAGAACCUAUCCUCCCGAUUCACAGCAGCCGUCAGUCAGACACCGCCAGGUGUUUCCUCAUCAACACCAAACGAAACGGGAGCUACAGGACUUUCGGGACCUUCGUCGUCGCUGGAAACGCAAUCAACUGUUAUAAUUUCGUUUAAAUCAUCUCAAACACCUGUGCAGUCUCAAACGAAUUCUGCAGCCGCCUCUGAAAACGUUGAGGAUGACACGGCCCCCCUGCCCCUCCCACCGCCGCCCCCCGGCUUCGGCACGCCCACCACGCCCCUUUUGUCGAGCAAUGUGCUGAAGAAGGUCGCCAGCUUCACGGUCGAGAAAUCUUCGGCUGGCAAUAAUAGCUCCAAUCCCCCGAAUCUGUGCCCCGCCAGUGACGAGACCACCCUGCUGGCCACUCCAGUCUCAUCUUCGCUGCUGGUGGCAACCCUGCCGCCCGAUACCGCCGUGGGCGGCGCAGGGGGCGUGGCCAGUGGAGCUGGUUCGCGACGUGGCUCAUCUUAUGUACCGGAAAAGUUAAGCUUCGCUGCAUAUGAAAAGUUCGAAGGUCAAAUGCUAAUAAAAUGGCUAAUCUCAACGAUGCAGAGCAACCCGAAGAGUUCACCCAGCGACGCCAAUCAGGAAUUAUUUAAUUCUCUAGCGCUGCAAUUCUGCAAUAAUCUCAAAUAUGUCGGCGUCCUCAAGCAGAUCUCCAAUGAGCACUUGGAUUGCGGAUUUAGCCCCUAUGAGAUGUACCAGUGGACGCACACGGAGCAGCCGACGACAUCGCUGCCCCUGACCCCAGGGAAACUGGACAAGGUGGCGGCCUGGCCCUUCUCCAGCACACCGUCCGGGAUCCGAGCCCUGGAGUCGGCAUCCUUGGCCUCCCUGGGCGCAGGUGCAGCGGCGGGAUCGUUGGCCACCGUUGCCACUGCAUCCACGGCAUCCUCGGACAACCAGAAGACCCUGCAGCAGAUCCUCAAGAAGCGUCUGCUCAACUGCUCCACCUUGGCCGAGGUUCAUGCGGUGGUCAAUGAACUGCUGAGCAGUGUGGACGAACCACCGCGUCGUCCCUCGAAGAGAUGUGUGAAUCUCACCGAUCUGUUGAACGCCAGUGAGGCGACGGUUUAUGAAUACAAUAAAUCGGGCUUGGAGGGUGGCUUGAAGAGUUUCACGGACGCGGAAACUCAAACGGAAAGGGAGGAUUGCGAUGGCACUUGCCAAUGCGGGCAAUCCGCAAAGAAACUCAAGGCUGAUGGGGAAGGCGCAAGGGAAAUUGAGGAAAAUAAGGAAAAGGCACCGGCCAUGGCCCCUCCUCCACCGCCCCCGCCUCCUCCACCGCCACCCGUCUUUGCAGUUCCUGCCCCCCCGCCGCCGCCCCCUCCUCCGCCCCUUGCCAACUGUGGGGCACCACCACCUCCGCCACCCCCUCCCCCCGGCAGUGGCAGUGCCCCGCCCCCGCCACCACCAGCGCCCAUGGAAGGAGGCGGGGCGGUACCCCCUCCACCGCCGCCCAUGAGUGCCUCCUCCUCGAAGACGGCGAUCUCCCCCGCCCCUCUUCCCGACCCCGCCGAAGGCAACUGGUUCCAUCGCACAAAUACGAUGCGCAAGAGCGCCGUUAACCCGCCGAAGCCCAUGCGUCCCUUAUAUUGGACGCGGAUCGUGACGAGUGCCCCGCCCGCGCCACGCCCCCCCUCGGUGGCAAAUUCCACGGAUAGCACGGAAAACAGCGGGAGCUCUCCGGACGAGCCUCCGGCUGCGAAUGGCGGAGAGGCCACGCCCACCGCCCCGCCGCCCACCAAGGAAAUCUGGACGGAGAUCGAGGAGACGCCGCUGGACAACAUCGAUGAGUUUACGGAGCUGUUCUCCCGCCAGGCCAUGGCCCCGGUCAGCAAGCCCAAGGAACUGAAGGUGAAGCGGGCCAAGUCGAUCAAAGUUCUCGAUCCGGAGAGAUCCCGGAAUGUGGGCAUCAUCUGGAGGAGCCUGCACGUCCCGUCCAGCGAAAUCGAGCAUGCUAUUUACCACAUAGACACGUCGGUCGUGAGUUUGGAGCAGUUGCAGCACAUGAGCAACAUCCAGGCGUCGGAGGACGAGCUGCAGCGGAUCAGGGAGGCGGCCGGCGGAGAUAUACCCCUCGAUCAUCCCGAGCAGUUCCUCCUGGACAUAUCCCUGAUUUCCAUGGCCAGCGAGCGGAUUUCCUGCAUUGUCUUCCAGGCGGAAUUCGAGGAGUCCGUGACUUUGUUGGCGCGAAAGUUGGAGACUGUAGCGCAGCUCUCACAGCAGCUGAUCGAAAGCGAGGAUCUGAAGCUGGUCUUUUCGAUAAUCCUGACCCUGGGCAACUACAUGAACGGGGGAAAUCGACAGCGGGGCCAGGCCGAUGGCUUCAAUCUGGAUAUUCUGGGCAAGCUGAAGGACGUCAAGUCCAAGGAAUCGCACACCACCCUGCUGCAUUUCAUAGUUCGCACCUACAUUGCGCAGAGGAGAAAGGAGGGAGUGCAUCCGCUGGAGAUCCGAUUGCCGAUUCCCGAGCCGGCGGACGUGGAGAGAGCCGCCCAAAUGGAUUUCGAGGAGGUGCAGCAGCAGAUCUUCGACCUGAACAAGAAGUUCUUGGGUUGCAAGAGGACCACAGCCAAAGUUCUGGCCGCUUCCCGACCUGAAAUUAUGGAGCCUUUCAAGUCCAAAAUGGAGGAGUUCAUGGAGGGGGCGGACAAAUCGAUGGCGAAGCUCCACCAAUCGCUCGAGGAGUGUCGCGAGCUGUUCCUGGAGACCAUGCGGUUCUACCACUUUUCGCCCAAGGCCUGCACUCUAACUUUGGCCCAGUGCACACCCGAUCAAUUUUUCGAGUACUGGACUAAUUUCACCAAUGAUUUCAAGGAUAUCUGGAAGAAGGAGGUCACCAGUCUCUUGAACGAACUGAUGAAGAAAUCAAAGCAGGCCCAAAUAGAGUCCCGUCGCAACGUCUCCACCAAGGUGGAAAAGUCCGGACGGAUUUCCCUCAAGGAGCGCAUGCUGCUGAGGCGCAGCAAAAACUAGUUAGUUACGUAGCUCUAAGCAACGCGAUAGCAUAUAUUUUUAUUUCUAGUUGCUUUUUAUUACACUAUUGCUAAGAAAAUUCCUCGUUAAAUGGAUUCAUUCUCCACUAGUUGUUAAGUUACAAAAUUGUAUAAAAACUAUAAACGCAGGCGUGGCUCUCAAAAUAAAAUGUCCUCUUGCUAUUGUGAUCGUAA